UCAUUUCACAUCAUCUUCCUCGAUCAGAGCCUCCUCUGUAGUUUCCUUUAUUUAUAACACUGUUUCCCUUUUCUCCAACAUUUGUUUUUUCAUUCAAAAUGGAAUCGUCAAUUGUUGUUGUUUUGUAUCUAACUCUAUUUCAAGCUAUGAACACGGUUCUCCCUACAUUGGCAAAAGUAUACACCGUUGGAGAGUCCAUAGGUUGGGCAAUCGGAGCUGAUUAUAGUACUUGGGCUAGUGACAAGACCUUUCAUGUUGGUGAUAAACUUGUCUUCAACUAUGGAGCUGGGCACACAGUAGACGAAGUUAAAGAAAAUGACUACAAAAGCUGCACAACAGGCAAUUCACUUACUACAGACAGCAGUGGUACCACCACAAUUAUUCUCAAGACUGCCGGCACACAUUACUUCAUAUGCGCUGCGCCGGCGCACUGCAUGGGCGGUAUGCAACUUGCUGUCACGGUGAAGGCAGCUAAAAAGGCUGCCUCUCCGACACCGGCUCCAGCCCCAGCGCCAUCAAAGGCAAAGGAUUCAUCUUCUGAUACCAAAGGCACACCUAAGGCAUCUACCACCCCCGGAACUGCUCCGACAAGAAGCACAACCACCACACCAACCAAAUCCGACAAUUCAAAAGGGGAUAGUUCAAUGGCUCCUAGUUUAUUCUCACCGACUUUUGCACUAGUGUUGAUUGUUUCUUGGAUCUCCUACUAUAUUAUGCUGCCUAUGGUAUGAGUUUGAUUAUAGGAUUGGUCAGGAUUGAGGCAAUGCUAUUGGUUUCUUUUUCGUUUUCUUUGUUAUUUUAAAUUUGUUUCGUUGUCUACUUUUAUUCAGACUCAGAUUUUGAUGUGAUUACUGAUCAAUAUGUACCCUUGUGGAUGUGUCUUAUAGCAUUAGUUAUAAUGUUGAGAAAUGUUAGAAACAAAUAUUUUUUGGU